AUGGCGGACUUUGCCUAUCGUCAGCCCGCUCCUGUGGCCAGCGAGCGCUGGUUUGGUUCUCAUAGCGCCGGGUUCGAGACGGGGGACAACCAGUAUCUCUCACAGAGGUUGACCUACCCUCAAGGCGCUGCAUCCACGUACAACCUGCCGGCCAAGUUUCCACCGGGACCGCUCGGUCAGGUCGGGCGACCAGCCAUCGAGCCCUCCUUUCCUUCUCCAGCGGCAGGUAAUCCCCGGAUAACACAGGGGCCCUACACGAGCCCAGCUCCUUCCCAGAACCCAUUCCAGGGCGCCGGAUCAUGGGGAUGGGAACAACAGCCGAGUUUCCCCGGCAACAACCAGGGACCCUUCCAGGGGCGCUACUCUCCGUCUGAUUCCAUGGAUGAGCUCGCCGAGCCGAGCCUCUCGGACUACUCUCUAGACAACUCCAUGCCCAGCUCCGCGGCGGCGCCGAGCAGCAAGAGCAGGGCCGGCGGCGGGAAGCCGCGCUCACAGCGACGGCCGUCGAACAGGGACGAGUUCGACGGCCCUCACCAGUUCCUGAAGAAGCCCCCGCCGGAGUACAUUGCCUUGCAGGAGCGGGAGCUGCCGCGGCUUCCGACCCAUCUCUUGGUGCAAGAGCAGGAUAGUGUCCUGAACCAGGUCAACGACCGGCUGUCGCAGUGUGCAUAUGACUUCGUGGCCAAGUACCAGUUUCCGAUCCCGCUGACGCAGGACAUGCGGCCUGUCGAGCGGCCGCAGGACCGCGAGUGGACCGAGUGGGUGUACCUGCUCAAGCGGCUCGCGACCAAGCGCCGGAUCCCCGCGCGCGUGCUGUACAACGGCCAGAUCAAGCAGUUCGUGACGAUCCUCGAGAACUCGCUCGAGAUGCGCCACGCCGCCAAGCACCAGAGCCGGCCGCUCAAGGAUGACAGGAACAUCCUGCAGCUGAUCUCGGCAGGCAUACAGGUGGCCAAGAUCUUGAAGGAUGCACAGGCUAUGGAUUACCUCGAUAAACUUUACGUUUCCACCGAACGACGGAUCCAAGAGCGCGUCGCAGCGGCCGCAGCCGCAGCCGCAGCCGCCCCUGGCCCCGUCCGGUUCCAUUAA